UUAUAUUCUCUUUGGAGGUUAUGACUUAUGAGAUUAGCACGAGCUUAGAUAUGAGAUAUGAGUUAUUUGCUAUUGCUAGCGACAUAAAAAAAUCAGGGAAUGUAUAAUUCUGAAGAAUGAAAAUAUAAUAUUUGGCGAAUCGAUUCUAAUAGAUUAAUAAUAGACUUAAAAUAAACUAAAUGGGCUAUGGCUCUUCCUCAAAAAAAGUAUUAUCGUCAACGUGCACAUUCUAACCCUAUUGCCGAUCAUUGUUUUGAUUACCCAGCGCAUCCAGAUGAAUAUGACUGGACACACUUAUAUCCAUUAUUGAAAAACAACAAUGACAACAAAGAUAAAUUAGUCGAAUUUCUUGAUGUUGGUUGUGGCUAUGGUGGUCUGUUGGUCACUUUGUCACCAAUGUUCCCUGAAAAUUUGAUUUUGGGAUUAGAGAUCCGUGUAAAGGUUUCAGACUAUGUAAAUGAUAGAAUAGUGGCACUCAGAAAACAAGAAACAGAUAAAUAUCAGAAUAUUGCAGUUUUGCGGACUAAUGCUAUGAAAUAUCUACCAAAUUUUUUUCACAAAGGCCAACUAAAAAAAAUGUUUUUCUUAUACCCAGAUCCACAUUUUAAGAAAGCCAAACAUAAAUGGAGAAUCAUCAAUAAGUGGCUGCUGUCAGAAUAUGCUUAUGUUUUAGCUGAAGAAGGUAUAGUCUAUACUAUCACAGAUGUGGAAGAUCUACAUCACUGGAUAGUAUCACAUUUUGAAGAACAUUCAUUAUUUGAACGAGUGACUCAAGUUGAAUUGGAAAAAGAUUUAAUAAUUGAGAAACUGUUUGAAAGCACAGAGGAAGGCCAAAAAGUCUCAAGAAAUAAAGGUGAUAAAUUUCUUGCAGUUUUUAGAAGAAUCAGAGACAAAUUUAUAGAAAAUUAAAAAAUUAUUUGUUACAAAA